AGACCAUAUCGCUACACACGUAUCUUUUCGACUACGAGUUCAACGAGUCGAUUUUGGCGUUCACCGAGACGCAAAUCAUCUUCUUCGCCGGCUUGAAGAAAUUGGCGUACUUCAAACAACUGGAGUUGAAGCCUGAGGACAGGAAGGAGGGGAGACCAGAAUUAGUCUUCAUCGAGAAGCAACGGAAUGGCUUAGAAGGACAAUUCCAAGAACUUUGGACUCAUUUCCGGACCAGUAAGGAGGGCAAAUCUCUUGGGUAUAUAAAGAAGGAUACUUGGGAUGGAAAGUUCUAUCAGACAUGGCUAGACUUCAUCGAGACGAAGAAGGGGAAAGAUGACGAUAUGGAGCUGGUGGACGUUUCCUCAUAUAUUGGCCGAGUCCUGGCCGUCAAAGAUGGAGACGAACAAAUCACCAUCAAACGCGCGUGUGCAUUCAGUGCUACAAUCAUGGACAAGUUCUUCCGGGGAAAGUUGGAGGACAUUAUUGAGAACGAAGUGAAGCGUAAACACAGCGAGCUUAGCGACGAUAUUGAGAAAGCCAUCACCGAUCCGGCCAAGGUCAAUAUGAAGCUGAACGCUGAUCUGCUGGAAAUCUGCUACUUCCCGAUCGUCCAAAGUGGCGGUAAAUACGAUCUCAAGAUAUCAGCAGCAUCGAACGACGACAUACUGCAGCCCGAUAUCGUGAUUGCCAGUUUAGGAACACGGUACAAAUCAUACUGUAGCAAUAUCGCUCGUACAUAUAUGAUUAAUCCGACCCCGGAUCAGACUGAGGCCUACAAGUUGAUUGUGAAGCUUCGUGGUAUGGUCAUCGCUAAGUUUCUACCAGGGGUGGAGCUGAGUGCGUUGUACACUCUAUGUACCGACUACCUCGAGGCAAAUAAGCCUGAAUGGAGGGGCUACUUUGUAAAGAACAUAGGGUUUGGCAUCGGUAUCGAAUUCCGCGACUCUGACACUGUCAUCAACGCCAAAAGCCACUACAAAGCACUGAAUGGGAUGACGUUCAAUCUCAGCAUAGGCCUCCAGGGAAUACCCAUCGCCGGCGGAAAAGGAAAGGGCAAAGUAUUUGCGGUGUCUGUAGCGGACACUGUGCUCAUACAGCAGGGCGAGAUCACCGUACUUACCGACCGUUGCGCUCUCAAGUACAACGAUAUUGUCUACUCACUAGAAGAUGAGGAAGACAAGGAGUCGACAAAGAAGAAGAGUUCAAGAUCACACACAACGUCAGCGGGCGACUACGAAGCACCAGUGGGCAGACAGACGCGCAGCAACGUACUCAAUUCACGCACACGCGGAGAGGAUAAGAAGAAGCUCUCAGACGACGCCGGUAUAAGGCAAAAGCAGGCUGAGUUAUUACAGAUCAUCAACGCGAAUGCUCGGCGGAGGAUUCUGGAAGGCCAAGAUGAUGAAUCUGAGAAGCGACUAGACAUCCGACAGUACACGGCCUAUAACAGGCUAAGCGAGAUCCCCCUCAACAAGAGCGCACUCAGUCAGCAACGCAUCUACGUCGAUCACAAGG